UUCUUGCUCUUUAUGUCAACGAAGUCCAGGUGAAGGAAUGAAUCACAUUUGUCACGGCUCUAGUAAAGUAUUUCAAUAGCCAAGGAAAGUGACCAGAUGAGCUAAAAGUUAUAUUAUACAUGAAAGGGAAAUAUAGUUAUUUUUGUAAAAACAAUAACUUUCAGAAUUAAGAAAUACAAUUUAAUUUAUCUACUUGUAAAAGAUGUAGAAUGUAGUAAUAUUUCCUACAUAAAAGCGUAAUGGUAUGAUAAAAAACAAGCAGACUAUUCACCCAUAGUUACUUUUUAGGCUGAGUGGUCACACAUACAUCCGUAACAAUUUCUGGUCUGUAUAACUUCUGGCCGCAGGAAAUAUUUCGACUUGGACUAGCUUUGUUUUAAUGUACUGUUUCUAUACAGUAUCACUUCAGCGCAAAAACGCAGUUAUCUAUUACACAACUAGUGCGACAGUGGCGUUGAACCUAAUGAAGGGUCGUUUUCUCUUCUCGGAAAAGCUUUCUUGAUAUGCUUUUAUUACAAAGUACAUAUUAUGCAUGUUUAUGGUUACAGUGCACUUGUAAUGUACUUGCAAAUAAUGCCACUUAAAUGUUUAAGUACGCUUCUUUAUACUGUGAAGCGAAAGUGAUAGUAACAGGCGCAGCGACUGCAAGGCGGCAUCUCCGAUACAUGUAUAUAUUUUUGGAAAAUAAAUGUUAUUAACCAGGUUUUCAACGAAAACCUGAGUUAUUAGAUUGGGGUAUGUCGUUGGUUGGGCGGGCGGCGGCGUCAAACUGGUGUUUCCGGUCAAUAACUUUUGUUUCGGUAAAGAUAUUUGAAUAAAACUUGGUAUGUAUGUAGCUUAUAUCAAGACAAAGGCUGGGAUUGAUUUUGGGGUUUCUGGGGUCAAGGUCAAGGUCACUGUUACUUAAAAUAGAAAAAGGGUUUCCGGUCAAUAACUUAACUUAGGAAUGAGCUAUCAUGAUGAAACUUGGUGUAUAGAAAACUUAUAUAAAGUUGUAGCUUGGGAUUGAUUUUGGGGUUUCUGGGAUCAAGGUCAAGGUCAUUGGUACUAAAGUUAGGGUUAGGGUUAGGGUUUAGGGUUAGGGUUAAGAGUUAGGGUUUAGGGUUUAGGGUUUAGGGUUAGGGUUGUGCUUUAAAGUUGUGCACUGUGAUUCAGUAUACUUUUUUAUUCUUAUGAAAAGUGUUGAAAACCUGGUUUCGUGGCAUUGCCGCGUUUCUUGUGUUCGCAUUACAAUUAAAUGUAAUAUUAUUUUCCUUUUCUAGAAGACAACUACCCUCUCAGCUUAUAAUUAGAAUGCACUAUUUUUCAUAUUUUAUCAUAUGAGUCUCGUUCAAACUGAAACUCGGGCUAGCCUGAAAUACUGUUCUUAUUCCGUUUUCUGUUAACCAAGCAGCUUGUUUAGAACUUGCUUAUUUGCUGACCAGAUAACUUAGAAGACUUUUCCCAGGAUAUAUAGCUUUGCUUAUCUUGUCUAGACACAAGCUUUUAACGAUUUUUGCGAAUAAAGUUUCAUAAAGCGGUGUACGUUACCUUAAAUGUUUAAGCAAUACCGCCAAGACAUAGUAUUCAUUGAAAAGCAUUGUAAAUAUUUUUUCAGUAUUUUGCUACAUCAAUGAUAGUUUGCCAAUAUAGCACAAUAAAUAUAUGUUUAUGUUUUACUCCUGAUAUAUAAUAAUGUUAUUUCCUGAAAGUAAUAUAUUCAUUCAAUUAAUGUUUCUGUAAUUUCUUUUGUCAAGUAAUACUGGUUUAUUGUUUUUCUGUGUUUUUUUUUUUUUUGGUUUGGUUUUUUGUUUUUUGCUUGAAACCUUAACUAUAUUACCGCAUUUUCUUUUGCGAAUAAUAUUUUUAUGUUAAUUUUAAAGUCAUUAUUUCUAAUGUUUCAAUUACAUUAUUUUGUUUAUUGAACUUAAAUUUUAUUUCUAUGUACACCAGUUACAUUUUAACGAAAAAAUCAGUUGCAUCUGUGUUACAAAAUAGUGUCACUGAGUAACACGAUUUCUUUUAAGACAGUAAAAUAAAUAAAUAAAUGAACAGAUUCAGUUUGUAAAGGUAUUCUUUACAAUAAAUACAUUUGUUUACUAUGUUCAAAGGUUAAAGAAAAAGAAACACUAAUUAAAUUUCUUAUCUUAUUCUACAGGUUCGAAUGUAUUUCUUGAACAAAACGAACUGUGCGUUGCAAUGGGCGAUUCAAAACGAGGCAAACUUUGGAGGGAAACUAAUAUGCCCGGAAAAGGUGUUCCUUUUCGACGGAAAUGAACUCGACAUGUUUACUGAAACCAAGUAUAUGUCUGACGGAUGGGAGCUAGUCGACAGCCAGAACAGUGAGAAAGUCUCUUUUAUCAAAAUUUGGCAUGGUCAGUGUCCACACAUAUCAGUUUGCUUCCGUCGGUCAACGCAGCAAACUCCAAGGACAACAUCACUUGCUAUAGAAAUGAGUUUACAUGUGUUUACGUUUCAACGAACUUUAGAGGAAAAUGGCGAGAAAAUGUUCAUUCAAGUUUUUGAAGAUGAAAAAACGCCUUUCACACAAAAUGAGAUCAGGUGUAACCACCAAAUAGAAAUUCAGAUAAACAACUAUAACGAUAACAGUUGUGAAACAACUAAACUGAAAACUAGUCAUGAUAACAUGGUAGCUGAAAGACCACUGGCUUCGACGGGAGGAGAAUUGCCGACGAGAUUGGCAGAGUCGAGUUUAAACUGUGAUAAAACAAACAAUGCUGAUAACCUCAAGUUUGUUAUAAAUAACAAAUUCUCCGCUUGUUCAAAGACGGAACAUUAUAGCAGGGUGCUCACUGAUGGUGCUGAACCGCGGUUGUUUCCGCAUUAUCUCCGACAGCGUUUAGUACUAUUAUUAGAUCCGCCAAAGGGUCCAUAUGGUCAGGAUUGGAAGGACUUAGCUUCAAAAUUAGGCCUGGAUGCAUGUAUCCCAAAGUUACAAACACAGAUGCACCCAACUGCUGAAUUGUUGAACGUGUUAGAAAAUCAAGGAAAAUCGUACACAGAUGUUAUAGCUUUAUUUAAUGAUAUUGGGCGUAUGGACUGUGUUGAAGAAAUGAAGAAGUAUUUCGAGACAGGAGUGACACACGCUCAUUUGAGUUCUCGCGAACCAAUCGAAAACACAUGUAAUGGUUAUGAACGAGGAGAAAGUCACCUCCGGUCGGAAGAGUCCCCUUGGACAGGAAGUUCAAGGCAUAUUUGGCCUAGUCAGUUUUCUAGUCGUAAAAGUAUUAAUGAAACUUACAGCAAAGACAUAUCUGACAGUCAUAAUUAAAUAAACACUCUACCAUACAUUGUUUAUAAAAUCAUAUCAUUCAUAUAUGGCACUUGUUAUGUUUCA